CACAAUCUGUUUUCUCUUCCUUGUCUCAAAACCUCGAGUCCUUUGUCUGCAUUUAGCUUCCACUGUUGCUCACUAUGGCCUUGGCUAGCUUUGCAAAGUUGAAUUCAAUGCAACAACUGAUGAAAACUGACAAGAACGUGCCCACUUUGUCGGACGACAACAUUCUUGUCAAGAAAAUAGUGGCAGAACACAAUCCUGAUGGACUAGAGCAUGAUGUCAAGCCACUUCUCCGACUUGUUGAGGACAUUCUUAGACAGGCCACCUUGAGUUCUGAAGGAGUUUCAGUGGGUGCCCUGGGAACUGUUGAUCAUGUUGAUGACAGAGACCACCCUUCAAGCUACUUCACCAUAAUAGAGAGCCUAGCCUACAGGAUUGAUCGUAUUUCCUGCGAGAUGUCCUACAAGGCUCUCAGUGGCGUCGAUGCACACACCACAACUGUGGCAAUAUUUGACAUGCUUACAAACUUCAAGUGGGAUGUGAAGUUAGUGCUCAUCUUAGCUGCUUUUGCCCUCACUUAUGGAGAAUUUUGGCUUCUUGCCCAUAUUCAUUCUACAAACUCUCUGGCCAAAUCAAUGGCUAUCCUGAAGCAACUUCCCGGCAUCAUGGAACAUGCUGGCCCAUUGAAAGCAAGGUUUGAUGUACUUAAUGAUCUUGUAAAGGUCAUAUUGGAGGUCACAAGAUGUGUCAUUGAGUUCAAUGACCUACCUCGGACAUACAUUACCCCGGAUGUGUCAAGCUACACCACUGCCUCUGCCCACAUACCCAUUGCUUGCUACUGGAGCGUUAGGGGCAUUAUUGCUUGCAGCAAUCAGAUUACAAGCCUCACUACUCUGGGCUAUGAAUUCAUGCUGUCAACGACAGAGGCUUGGGAGCUAUCCACAUUGGCUCACAAACUCAAAACCAUCCUUGAGCAUCUAAGGAAGCACCUGGAUAUCUGCUACAAAUACAUUGAGAAAAAGAUGGAUGCUGAAGCCUAUGAAAUGUUGUGCGAGCUCUUCAAGAUGAUCCACAUAGACAACAUGAGGGUUCUGAAGGCUCUGAUAUAUGCUAGGGAUGAUCUACUCCCUCUCUAUGACGGUGCUUCUAAGAAAAGGGUUGGGCUUGAAGUGCUGAGGAGGAAGAAUGUGUUGUUGCUAAUUUCGGGUCUAGAUUUCUCCCACGAGGAGCUGCUAAUCUUGGAACAGAUCUACAAUGAAUCGAGGGCGCACGCAACAAAACUGGAGAACAGGUAUGAGUUGGUGUGGAUCCCAGUUGUGGAUCGCCUCAUCAACGAUCAACUGACAGAACAACAGCAAACGCAGUUCGAGAACCUGAGAGAAACGAUGCCAUGGUACUCUGUGUAUCAUCCUUCAUUGAUAAGCAAGGCAGUGCUUAUGUUUGUCCGAAACGAAUGGAAGUACAAGAACAAGCCAAUCCUCGUAGUCUUGGAUCCUCAAGGCAAGGUAGCCUGCCCUAACGCUAUCCACAUGAUGUGGAUUUGGGGAAGCAGCGCCUUCCCUUUCACGAGCUUAAAAGAGGAAGCCCUCUGGAGGGAAGAGACUUGGCGUUUGGAGCUCGUUGUCGACGGCAUUGACACCGAAAUACUCAACUGGAUGAAGGAUGGGAAGUUCAUAUUCAUGUACGGAGGAGAUGACUACGUUUGGGUGAGGAACUUCGUAAGGGAAGCAAGGAGAGUAGCACUGGCAGCGCGCAUACCCUUGGAGAUGGUGUACGUAGGGAAGAGCACGAAGAAGGAUCAGGUGCGGCGAGUGCUGGACAACAUAGUGCAGGACAAGCUCAACACUCAUAGUUGGCAAGACCUGAGCAUGGUGUGGUUCUUCUGGACUCGACUCGAAAGCAUGCUGUUCUCCAAGAUUCAGCUUCAACAAGCCGAUGAUCAUGACGUGGUGAUGCAAGAAAUCAAGAGGCUCCUGAGCUAUGACAAAUUGGGGGGUUGGGUCAUUCUAGCAAAAGGCUCUCACAUUGUGGUGAAUGGGCAUGCCAAUACGGGGUUGCAGACCUUGAUGGAGUACGACACUAUGUGGCAACAGAAAGCGGAGAAGGAUGGGUUCGAUAGUGCUUUUGGGGAGCAUUACAGGAAGCUUCAUGCAGUGGAGAAUCCGUGCUGCAGAUUUGAAUUUUCUCAUGCAAUGGGAAGAAUUCCAGAGAGGCUGAGGUGCCCUGAGUGUCAGCGUCACAUGAACGUUCUUACAACCUUCCAGUGUUGCCAUGAUGAAAAUGCUAAUGAGGCGUUCAUUGUCAGCGCCGUGUCUCCUCCUACCAUAUGAUGAUCAAAAGACAAUCUUCCACGCGUUGUUGUUAAUGUUCUGUUUCGUCCUGUUAUUUUCAAUUCUGUGUGUUUUUGUUACGCACAUCACCCUCACAUGGGCGUUAUAAGAUGUGAGUAGUCAAGGACGUACGGUUUCGCUCAGCGAUUAUACGUGCUCUUGUGUGCUUCUACACGCUGUGGGGAGUGAUCCUUUAUUUUGCAAAGAGUUGCCUCCUGUCAUGUGAUUGGCAUCAAUCAAUAAUAUUGCAGUUUUCAUCAAUAA